AUGGAGUUCGAGUCUGAGUCUAAGCCUGUCCUUCUGAGUGCGCUUCUUCAGUGGUGUGAUCGGGUGAAGAGUGACCGCGAAGUCCUGCAAAGGUGUAAGAGAAGCCUCGAUGAUGCAGGCCUGCGGGAAUUGGAAGUGAAGGAUGGGUGUCCGUUCUGUACACUUCUCGACGAAGCAGUCUCAAAGCUGUAUGGCGACUACCUUUCUGCUGGCAGAUCACUUGGAUGGGUGUCAUUCCCGCGUGUUCUAGAGGCUAUCCGUGAUGAUGGGGGGAAUCCACUUCGGUUUUGUGUAUCCGAACAUACCGACUUGACUGAACGUUUACGCCCAUUCCCCACCUUGGGAUUCGGCAACUGGCAUCUGUCCAAGUAUAAGUCUAUCUCCCGGGAUACUGCCUCAGAAUCGACCCUAAAGAUAGUGAAGGAAUGGCUCCUUUACUGUGCAACAGACCAUCCGCUAUGUAGUAAGGAUGGUAAGGUCAAGCUGCCAACUAGGCUUAUUUGCAUUGGCAGAAAGGCGUCUGAAGUACGUUUGCUCAAGACGAAUGGUGCUACUGGCAAAUACGCCUGCCUGAGCCACCCUUGGGGCAAGCGUCCAUUGUUGCGAACACUGAAGAAGAAUCUCUCUCAAUUCACCAACGAAAUCCAGUGGUCAGAUCUACCUCCCACUUUCAGAGACGCAAUCGACUUUACCCACCGACUUGGCCUCAAGUAUAUCUGGAUCGAUUCCCUUUGCAUCAUUCAGGAUGAUCCUCUCGACUGGCAGAGAGAGGCCACCAAAAUGGCCGACAUUUAUCAGAAUGCCUACAUAACGCUCGCAGCUUCCAAAGCAGUUAUUAGAUUAGAAAUCCAAUUCGACCGCGGCAUACAACCGACUGCGCAGGGGCUAAUUAGGGGCCCUAUUUACGAUUAUUAUAGCUAG